AUGUGUGCAGCUUUUGAACUGGUUGCUAUGUGGGGAGAGAAAAUGGUGGAAAGCUCCAUGGAGAUGGCUAACAACAGUAGUGAUACUCCUAGUAUUGAGGCUAAUGAAGACUUUUCUUAUCCAUCAGGAGCAAAAGAAGAAGGUCUUCCCUGGACUGUUGCUAAAGGACAGGACACUUUCACACCUAUCAGCUCCAUUCUGUCUUUCUCAAGGGUGCCAGAUCCUCAUAGCUUGGAAUUGUGGUUAAAGGUUGAUGGAGAAAUAAGACAAAAAGGGUCUACAGAAGAUAUGAUAUUUAAGAUCCCGUUUCUGAUUAGUCACAUUAGUUCUAUUAUGACACUUCUUGAAGGCGAUGUCAUACACACAGGAACACCAAAAGGUGUUGGCCCAGUCAAAGUUAGUCAAAAGAUAGAAGUUGGCAUAACAGGCAUAUUGGAUGUGCACUUUGAUGUUGGAAGGCGUCAAAAUAUUUAA